AUGUGCGUGAUGAUCCACGGGAAGUGGGUACGAGGUUUGAAGGGUGCUGGGCACCAGGAGAAGAAGACCUUGGCCGGUGCCGCACUGGGCGGCUUCUCCGCCUUCAAGCAGGGCGGGCUUGCGGCCCUGCGCGAUCACGCCGCGGCCUCCGCGGCCUCCGCGGCAUCGGCGCUGCCCUUGGCUGGCUUUCAGAACGAUCGCGGGGACCUGGUCGGUGCGCUGAAGAUUCCGGUGGGGCGGCGGCUUGCUUGCGCAGAAGAAGACGGUGGCCCGAACUGGCUCCAGCUGUUGGAUGUACAGGGACAGCAUGUGAAAGGUCAGCUGAUGGUCGAUUUUCCGAAGCCUCCUUCGGCUCCUGCAGCGCCUGUGGAGAAGCCUCGGGAGCAGCCCCCGAAGGUCCCGAGCAACACUCCCCCACAAGAAUUGCCAAGCCAUGCGUGGGAAAGCCACAAGGCAGUUCCGAGUGCAGCCUCAAAGACGGAGCAUGAGGCAGAGAGCUCCACAUCGGAGGGGCCCAUGCCUAUGAGCCCCCCUACAGUGCCUAUGUCCUCCGCAUCCUCCUCGGCCGAUGGCGAAGCCGAUCCGGCCCUGCUUGCGGAAGCCCUGGCUGAGCAGCUGAGCCAGCUGAACCUUCCGAAGCUGGAGAUGGCUCCGAUGGAGUGGUGUCCUCAGUCCGACCAAGAAGGCAACGACUCCUUCAGUGCUUCGAAUGGCUCAGAGGUGAACAUCUUCAACAUCAACGAGGCGGGGCGCACUUCCCGCGCGCAAGUGCUCCGAGACCAGUUGCUGCGAUGGUCGGCGAAGGCCGCCCCCUGGCGAUUUUCCCGGCGCCUGCAGUCAGCUUUCGACCCCGAGGCACGCCAGGGCCGACGAGAGGUCCGAAAGUGGCGCCAGUGGCACGAGGUCUUCUGCCUCCUCAAUGAGAUCGAGCAACACUUGCACGAUGUGGUUAAUGGCUUGCGGCAAGCGGACUCGUCCAUGCGGCGUCUGUGCCGCAGCCACGGCUCCGACCUUCUCCAAGAAGCUUCCCGACUCCCCGCUUUCUUGUGCGACGCGGCCCUGUACUACAAAUCUGAGGCCGGUGUCCCUGGCAAGGUGGAAGACAAGCUCUCUCAGCUCGAGAGGGUCGCAGACGACUUUCGGGCCAUCUCCAUGGAACCUGCAGAUGCUGCGGAGGUGGGCGGUGAGAGGCAAGAGCUCAGGGAGUCAGAGGACUUGCAGAUUGACAUCGCUGUGCUCUUGGAGAGCACCCUUAUGGCCGCUUCCCAGGCGUUGGGCGAGUACAAGAAGAUGCACUGCCGGUUGGAGCUGGUCGCGAAAGAGUACGAGCCCAUCUGCCGUCUUGAGCUGAGUAAUGCCUCGAGGCCAGCCACCUUCCUCCCGCUCCUCGCAGAGGAUGCCACGAUUGCGCUCCCGGAACAAGCCAUCGCGUGGGCCCAUGACUUCUCACAGUUGGUGGAUGGCGCAUCCCAGAGUUUAACAACCUUGGUGCGCGAGCUGAACAGCAGAAAGCAGCACCUUUGCAGCUGCGUCGGCGAGCUCCGCGCCUUGCUUCUGAGGCGCGCAGCCGGCGGAGACCCGACAGUGCCAGAAGGCUGA